GGAACUGCCGAUUCUCCACAUUCCAAUCGCAUCACGGUAGGGCGGGGCCCCAUUCCCGCGCCGUCCUCCGAUCCCUUAGCUUAGCUUUUCCCUCGAUUUUUGCUCGAGUCGGAGCCGGGGUGUCGCUGUGUCUACAAUCUACGACCUUCAUUCAACACGGCAACAACGAGAUAUCCUAUCCACACCCCCUAAUCGACGAUCUAGCUCACCAAGCCAUACAUAAGUCCACAGCAGCCGGCAUGGCUGCCCGUCCCGCUGUUCGCGCAGCUUUACGAUCAGCUCGACGUCAACCUAUCGCAUAUACACAUAGCCCAAACUCUCGCCGAGCCUUCAGUACCAGCACACCACUUCUCCGACCCAGUACUACAUCCUCGACAUCCCCUUCACACAAUAGUCCCAACGAUGGCAGCAACCCGCGAACAACGCAUUUUGGGUUCCAAGAUGGAUUGUCCGAAUCUGAGAAGACGGAGCGCGUAGCAGGCGUCUUCCACAGCGUCGCCGAAUCAUACGACCGCAUGAAUGACCUGAUGUCCUUCGGAUGGCAUCGCAUCUGGAAGGACCACUUCGUCUCCUCCCUAAACCCAGGCCACUCCUCCAGCAUCCCCCCAGCUCCGCAGCGUGUUCUCGACGUAGCAGGCGGCACCGGCGACAUCGCUUUCCGCAUGCUGCGCCAAUCCCAUGUGGUGAACGCAAACCCGAACAUCCACAUCACAAUAAGCGACAUCAACCCUUCGAUGCUAGCAGUCGGCAAGCAGCGCUCGCUCUCGCUCCCCGCCGCCCAGCAAGCGACACUCUCAUUCCUCGAGGCCGACGCAACCCAGCUUCCCCCAUCGAUCCUCCCCAACUCCCUCGACCUCUACACCGUGGCCUUCGGCAUCCGCAACUUCGCCAAUAUCCCUGCGGCGCUCGCCGAGGCGCACCGCGUGCUCAAGCCCGGCGGCAUAUUCGCCUGCCUCGAGUUCAGCAAGGUCCGCAACCCGAUCUUCGACGCCAUCUACAAGCGUUGGAGCUUCUCUGCCAUUCCCCUCAUCGGCCAGCUGGUCGCCAGCGACCGCGAUUCAUACCAGUACCUCGUCGAGAGCAUCGAGCGCUUCCCCAGCCAGGAGGAGUUCCGUGGGCUCAUCGAGGACGCCGGCUUUGUGGUCGGCGGUGAGGGCUACGAGGAUCUAACGAACGGCAUCGCUGCCAUACAUAAGGGCAUGAAGCCGCUGUGACGAUAAUGUGACCACGUUCUCAUACCACGCCCUUUCCCCCGCGAGAAAAGGGGAACUAGUUAUGUACAUUACCUUGUGUUAUUACAGAUAGAUGGGGCUCGAUGAAUCAGAGCCAAUAUGAUCCCUUCCUCCAGGGCCUAUGGAAAAGCUUUUGGUGAGCUGAGGGGAAGUCUGCUCGAAUUCAAAACGGCCAAUCCCCAAAAACAUAAUAAAACAUGAAUGAACCUGCCCUCUCGUAGCCAGCACUUUUCCACUUGACUCGAUGUGACAUAUAA